GCGCGCCAAACAGCUGAUCUACCAAACACAAUAUUAAAGAACUGGACGCAUUAUACAACUUAGAAUUAGUUAUUACUAAAUAUUGUUAAAUAUGAGUGCUGAAAGUCUAGUGAAACAUUAUUGGGAUUGUGCGAGAGUAUUGGAGCCCGAGGGACAUACGAGGAAGUUACUCAAAUCUUAUUUUAUGACAAAAUGUCGUAAAUUGGCGAAAUCUACCAUUUGGAUGCCAAAAGAGAAGUUCUCAACGCACACGAUGUGUCCGCGUUGCUCCAGCAAAUGGAAUGAAACAAAUUACAAGAUGUUUUUAAAACCACAACAAAUUGCCUAUUCCACUAAAGCCAGGAAACAAAUCGAGAAAUUACAAGAGGCGAAAACCAGCAUUGAAAAUAGAAGAGCACUAACAAGAAAGCAACGCAAGAGGGCCAAAUGGUUGCAGAAGCGCGUUUUAAAUAGUGUGGUAAUCCAGUGCGAACUGUGUGCACACAAAACGAAAAUAGAAAUGCAGAAACCAAAUAAAACAGAGAGUAACAAUGAAACUACAGACACUACAGAGUUGGAAGAUAUCGUUCCUACAGAAACAGUAGCACCCACACCAGUUAACCUGAAAAAGAAAAAGAAGAAGAACAAGGAUAAAACAGCAGGACUCAAACUUGACAAAAGCAAAAACUUAGCCACGAAAAAUAAUGAAGUUCAAAAUAAAACUAGUGUUAAUAAGCAAGUAGUUCCCGCAGCUACAAUAAAGCUGCAGCCAAGUAAUAAAGUUGUCGCUAAAGUGAAUCCCACAAACAAAGUUGCCGCUAAACCAACUAAACCAACCGCGAUUCUUAGUCAGCCACUCAAAGCUAAAAAACAAAAGCAACAGAAAGCUAAGCCUGCGAAUAAUACAACACCGAAAGUACAAUCCAAAACACAACAACAAAAUUCACUACUACAACUAGCAGCUUUACUAAAAUCGCAAACUGCGGCUAAGACAGGCGCGAAUGCGACACAGAAGAGAUUGGAAUCGUUACUUAAAUAGGUACCUUGAGUAGUUAGUAGUAUAAUUUUAGUAUAGUACAUUAGUAAAUGUAGUUAAAUGCAAUACAAAAUUACAAUUUAAGAAACAAUUAAAUAUAGUCAAUACAAAAGUAGUUUGCAUUCCUUAUUUACAUAUUAUUUCUUUGUAUAUUUGAGUAAAACAAAGCUGAAUGCAACUGUCUUUGUUGCAUCAAUA